AUGUUUAUGUAUAUAACCCUGUCUUCUGAUAGAAAAAUUCAGUCUACUUCCGGACGAUUUCAAAUUGUGAUUUCUAUCUAUCUAUCUAUCUAUCUAUCUAUCUAUCUAUCCUGUUCAGAUCUAUCUAUCUAUCUAUCUAUCCUGUUCAGAUCUAUCUAUCUAUCUAUCUAUCAUAUUAUGAUCAUAUUUAUAUCAAUAAUUUUCUCUCUCUCUCUCUCUCUCUCUCUCUCUCUCUCUGUCACAGUCUAUCCAUAUAUAUCCGAGUUUGUUUUUCUCUUUUCUUCUCCCUCUCUCUCUAUCUUUCUUUCUUUCUUUCUUUCUAUCUAUCGUAUGGUCUUAUCUAUACACUCUGUCCAUGUCUAUCCCAAUUCUCUCUCUCUCUCUCUCUCUCUCUCUCUCUCUCUCUCUCUCUCUCAUGACAUCUACAUUUAUUUAGCCAAUUCACGAGGGCGGAUCAAUAUCUCUUUCUGUCUGUCUGUCUGUCUGUCUGUCUUUUUCUUAUCUGUUGAAAAAUUUCACUUUUUACUUCUCUCCACUUUUCUAGAUCUUUUCUUUCACUCACUUUCUCCUUUUUUUUCCUUUAGCCUCUCUUUUCAUUCAACUUUUUAUCCAUUUUUAAACUCUCUUUCUCUCACUGUCACUCUUUCCUCUCUUUCUUGUUCACUUCUCUCUUUUCUUAAUCCCUAUUUCUCCUUCCCUCACUCUUUUCUCAUUCUUUUCUUUCUAUAUCUUUGUCCUUUUUUUAAAUUGUUCUUUCUCUCUACUUCCUCGCCCUCACUCUUCCCUCUAAAACUUUCGCCUUUUCAAUUAAAAGAAUAUUAA